CGGAAGGCGCGCGCGGCCCUGGGCGGUGCACGCAGCAGGCCCUCGGCGGGACUGCAGCCUCACGCGCCCCUCGCCGCGGCCCCGCGCGUCCGGCAGGCGCAGCGUCAGCCCGCGUCCCCUCGCCGAGCCGCCCUCUCGCGGCCGCUGCCGUGCGACCUGCGUCGCCUCCCGUAGUUACCCGACAGGCGAUGGCCGCCCGCCUCCUGCGCGUCGCCUCCGCCGCCCUCGGCGACACAGCCGGCCGGUGGCUGCUCGUCGCCGGACCCCGCGCGGGCGCCAGCGGCUUCUGGGGGAGCCCGGGGCAGGGCGGGAGCGGCGGACCCAGCCUGGGCGGCGGCGCGGCGGCGACGCGGGCUCUGAGCGUGUCGGCGCGCGCGCGGAGCAGCUCGGAAGAUAAAAUAACAGUCCACUUUAUAAACCGUGAUGGUGAAACAUUAACAACCAAAGGAAAAGUUGGUGACUCUCUACUAGAUGUUGUGGUUGAAAAUAAUCUAGAUAUUGAUGGUUUUGGUGCAUGUGAAGGAACCUUGGCUUGUUCUACCUGUCACCUCAUCUUUGAACAGCACAUAUUUGAAAAAUUAGAAGCAAUCACUGAUGAAGAGAAUGACAUGCUUGAUCUGGCAUAUGGACUAACAGAUAGAUCACGAUUGGGCUGCCAAAUAUGUUUGACAAAGGCCAUGGACAAUAUGACUGUUCGAGUGCCUGAUGCCGUGUCCGAUGCCAGAGAUUCCCUCGAUAUGGGCAUGAGCUCCUCUAAGCGAGAAUAAAUAGGAAUAUUUUCACAACAUUUUACCUAUUUUUAUAAUUAUUAUUUCUUAAUGUAAUUAAACGAGAACAUGAAUGAAUGGAUUUAUUAUUAUGAUUAGAUUUGCUACUUUAAUUCACCUUGUGUAACUGAUUUUGUAGUUCUGAAAGUAUGCCAUUUUUAUUUUGAUUGUUAUAAAAACAAAUCAAAUAUUAGAAAGUAAACAUGAUAAAACCUUAUAUAUUUUACCUGUGUUUGAUUAGUGACAUUAGCAAAAUGUUUUCAUGUAAAUCUUAUGCCUGCUUACCUAUAAAAUAGGCUAGAAAAAGGUAUCACUAUCUCUGUUAGAUGUGGGUGGAGGCGGAGAUGUAAAAUGACUUGUCUAGGGCCAUGUAGCAAAUUAGAAGGUCAGUACUAGAACUGUAUCUUAUUAUUACAAGUCAUGUGUUCAGAUUGAAACUGGAGAAAUUAGGAGUAUCUUAUUUAUAGCAGUAGUUAAAUGUGAAUGUGUAUGGACAACUAUUUAAUUUCUCAGUAAGCAGAUUAAUUUCAGAGACAGUUAUGACCUUAUAAAUUAAUAUUUCAAAGUUUUGAUUCAGUGAAAAGUGUAAGUCUGAACACAGGUAAUAGAGCACUGUCAGAGAUGUUUGCUCUCAGUUCUAACUGAGCUGGAGGAAUAAACUAAAAAUUAGAUGUCUUUAUUUUUUUAUCCUAAUCAGAAUGGCCUGUCUUUGUAACCUUUUACAAAUAAUGCUGAUUUAUAAAUCUCUGCCUGUGACAGAUGGACACCUUAUAGAUUAGGGUUUCUCCGUCCUGAGCUGCAAAAGGAAAUGAGUGGGCUGCCGUCUGCUCGGUGAGGACAAAGCCGCAUGGUAUGCAGUGAAUACGGUGGGCACAGUCGGGGGUGGGGGUGGUUUGAGAACCUCACAUCACCAUCUGUGCAUGGCAGACCUUUGUACUUUAUCUUUACUGUGAAUAAACUGGUAAAUGAUAAUAAAGGGUUAUGAAGUAUGCUCUUGGAAGUGUUAUAAAACAUUAGUUUGGACUAAUGGUGGGGAAGAGCAGAAAAAAUUAGUAAAAAGUGAAUUGUACAGUUGAGUUAACUUCAGGUACAUCUGUGCACUUUGAGCAUUUGCACAAAUAUUUGUCAAGUACAAGGUUUGAUCUGCAGCUUUGUGUUAUGUCCAUUGGGGAUACGGAGAUGAACACAGUCAGGAACACCCUCAGCUCACCUUUUAUCAGGAAAAGAUAAAAUAUGUGUAUGCACAAAUCAUUUGCUUCAACUAAGCUGACCAAUUUGCCAAAUAGAAUACUUUUAAACUAAUUAAUAUGUAAAAAGUGAUUAAGGAAGAACUCAGGGCUUCUGAUACUCAUUUGACGCUUAAUAACCAUCGAGUGCCUUCUUUGUGGAGAGUGUUCUACUUCUAAAGUACUUCAAAGCAGUGUUCUCUUAAUUAGCUUCCAUAUUCGCCUGUGUUCUUGCAAGGAUUCCCUAAAUUCUCCUUUCCAGAGCACUUUAAUGAGGACAUCCAGCUUAAGUACUCUAAACUUUAGCCUGUCUCAGAUCUCAGGAGAGCUUCUUAUUGAUGAAGUUUAGUUGUAUUACUUAAAUAAAGCCUACUAAAUGUAUUAAGUGGAGCAUAUAUUCUAUAAUUGAUUUGUAUAAAAGUUCUUUUUUCAGUUUGAAAAAAAUGUGUUUGAUGUGUGUGCAUUCUAGGUAAUGGUGUUAAGUUUAUUGCUGCAACUUUAUUGUCUCAGUUUCUCUGGGUCAGGAAUUGAGAGUGCAGAGCAGGGGUGGCUCCUCUCUGCUUCAGCAUGCCUGCCGCCUGAGCUAGAAGACUUAAAGGCCAGGUGCUGGCAUCCUCUGAAGCCUUGUGAUUCCCUCAUGUGGCUAGCAAGUUGAUGGUCGUGUCCGCUGGGCGUUUUGCAGGGGCUGUUGACUGAAACACGCACGUAUAGCCCCUCCAUGUGGCCUGGGCUUCCUCCCAAGGUGGUGGCUGGCUUCUGAGAUCCAGUGCCCUAACAGAGAGCGUGUGAGUAUUGCUAGGUGGAGGCUGAAAGUCACACAGCGUCACUUCUGCCCGUUUUUUUCAUUAGAAGUGAGAUACCAAGUCUGACCCAUCAUUUGAAUUGAGGGGGAUAUUAAAGAAUUUGCAAACAUGUUUUAAAGCCAUCACAGUAACCAUUAUUUUCAGAUUAAUUUUCAGACACAUCAUUGCCUUUGAAAAUUGGCUUUUUAACUAACAGUGUUCUAAACUUUUUAAGAGGGGUUAGAUUUUUCUCUUGCAUUGUGUUUCAAAGGAUUCUUAUGUCUUCUUUAUUAUGAUGGUUCAUUUGUUUUAUUCUCUGACUCCUUGCAGUUUUCUUCUUAACAGUUAAUUUAAAUCAAAGGGAAGAGUGGUGGGCUUCCUUUCAAUGCUGUGUAAUUUUAGUUUACAUUUCUCUGUCAUUUUGCUGUCAAGAAAGGCAUCUUUCUUUGGUAUAGUACUCUAUAUAAUUGUUGGUUACAUGCUAAUACUUAGUGUCGUAUUUGGUUUUUGCAGAUGAAAACCAGCCUGUAAUUAUAUAAGUAAUUCAGAACUGCUGAAUUUGUUUUUUUUAAAAGUGAAGCAUUCUAAGAAUUCCCAAAACCUUUUGCUUAACUUUCACUGUGAAAAUACUAAUUUUUGUCUUAAAGGACAGCUUUCCUCUUUUUUAAGUUUCGUAUGGUGGGUGAUCCAUGUGGUUUUAUACUGGUCAUUCUGCAUUAGAACAAUGGCAUUUCACCUGCAAAAAUGUUUUCUAAGGGAUAUUUAGAUUCAGGAUAUGUUUUCCCAUCUUUUCUUUUUCUUCCUUUUAACAACUCUUUUAAUUGCUUUUCCUUUUUUUAACUACUUGAAAUUUUGUGGUAAAUCAUAUUUUGGGAUCAGAAUUUCUUAGAUGGCUUUCUUAUUCAUACGGUAACGUCACUCUAAAUAAAAAAAAUAAGUAAUUGUAUGUACAUUUCUAAAAAUAGCCUAUGAAACUUUAUUCUAAGUGUAAACCAUUCAGAGAUGUUCAGACAUUACAUAUAAACUUUGUUUCCUGUUGGAGAAAUAUUUAAGAAAAGAAGCAUGAUCUUGGUUAAGCAACAGCAGGAUUCCUUUACUAUGUCAGUACAUCACAUGAUAUCAUCAUUUUUAUCAGAUUUUCUUCUGUUUAAAAGUUUCUAGAAACUGAAAAAUAAGAAAACCAACCGGCAGGAGGAAGGCAUGAUCACUUGCAGACAGAAAUAAAUGUGGCUAUAACAACAGGAAUAGGACGUUAAAAGAUAAUUUAAAUCUACUGGAAGCAGCUUAAGAGGGAAGCUGGUGGGAAAGAUCUCUCCAGUGAGAGGCAUUGCUUCUAUAAAAACUGUUAGUAGUACAUCACCUAAUCAAUGUCCUAUUCCUCUUUCCUUUUGACUCCCAUUUGCUUAUCUUAUUAUCUGGAUAUACUAUUUGUCCUUUAAUUUUUAGACUUGAUUUGGUAAUAAUUUUAUAAAAUUAAGCAGAGCCAUUGUGCCUUUUUGGCUUCCUUUGUCUGCUAGUCAUUUCUGAAGCCAUUAACCCUCAGUGUGAUUUAUCCCAGUGGGUCUUUACUGCUCCCUCGUCUUCCCCAGUCCUCUGCCUCAGAUUGUCCUUUUUAGCGUUUGUACAUGUGGCACUUAUUACAUUUUUCUCCUGAUAGGUUAAGCUUUUUAAGAGUAAGGACUGGGUUGUGUUCAACUUUGUAACUGCAGUUUCUGUUGUGGUGUUUAGCCCACAGUAGGUGAAUUAAUCAGAACCUGGUCUUAUAAGGAAAAUGCUUCUAGCAUUUUGCUCUUUGGUAGUCACCUUUUACUGAUGAGAUUACAUGAGCUCAAUAUAGGCCUUAUACUGUGCCUGCAUCCUAACUCCAACUUAACAGGAGUCAGGAUACAUAGGAGUGUUUUCUUGAGAGGUCAGAUAAUCUCCACUGUAUUUAAAAGGAUUGUGUUCAACUUGUCAUCUUUGUAACUUUUUUUUCUAUUGAAGUAUAUAGUUCAUGUACAAUGUUGUAUAAGUUAUAGGUGUACAAUGUAGUGAUUCAUAAUUUCUAAAGCUUAUAGUCCACUUAUGGUUAUAAUCAAAUAUUGGCUAUGUUCCCGGUGUUGUACAAUAUAGCCUUGUAGUUUAUACAUAAUAGUUUGUACCAUUUCAUCCCCUACUCUUAUGUUGCCCCUCCCCCCUUUCCUCUCCCCACUGGUAACACUGGUUUGCUCUCUGUAUCUGUUUCUUUUUUGUUAUAUUCACUAGUUUGUUAUAUUUUUUAGAUUCCACAUGUAAGUGAUAUCAUGCAGUGUUCGUCUGUCUGACUUCAGUUAGCAUAAUACCCCCGAGUCCAUCCAUGUUGUUGUAAAUGGAAAAAUUUGAUUUAAAUCACUGCAAUAUAUUUUGUGUGUCUCCUAAAGCAAGGGAAAUAAAAGCAAAAAUAAACAAAUGGGACCUAAUUAAAUUUAAAAGCUUUUGCACAGCAAAGGAAAUCAUUGACAAAAUGAGAAGACAACCUACUGAAUGGGAGAAAAUAUUUGCAAAUGAUAUGACUGAUAAAGGGUUAAUAUCCAAAACAUAAACAUCCUCUACACAUCAGCAUCAGAGUAACACUGACAUAUACACACUACCAAAUGUGAAAUAGAUGGCUAGUGGGAAGCUGCUGCAUAGCACAGGGAGAUCAGCUUGGUGCUUUGUGACGAACUAGAGGGGUGGGAUAGGGAGGGUGAGAGAGGCUCAAAAGGGAGAGGAUAUGGGAAUAUAUGUAUAAAUAUAGCUGAUUCACUGUGUUGUACAGCAAGAGCUGGUGCAACAAUAUAAAGCAAUUAUAUUCCAAUAAAGAUGUAUAGAAAAAUGGAUAGAAGACAUGGAUAGACAUUUUUCCAAAGAGGACAUGCAGAUGGGCAACAGGCACGUGAGAAGAUGCUCAACAUCGCUGAUCGUCAGGGAAAUGCAAAUCAAAACCACGAUGAGAUCACCUCACACCUGUCAGAAUGGCUAUCAUCAGGAUCACAAAUACAUGUGUACAAGGAUGUGGAAAAAAGGGAACCCUUUGCAUUGUUGGCAGGAAUGUAAAUUGGUGCAGCCACUGUGGGAAAUAGUAUGGAGGUUUCUCAAAAAGUAAAAGUAGAACUAUCGUAUCCAGCAAUCCCACUCCAGGUUAUAUAUCCAGAAAAGUUGAAAAUUCAAAAAGGUGUGUGUACCCGUGUUCGUAGCAGCAUUAUUUACAAUAGUCAAGGUAUGAAAGCAACCUAUGUGCCUAUCAACAGAUGAAUGGAUAAAGAAGAUGUGGUGUAUAAAUACAACGGAAUACUGCUCAGCCACAAAAAGAAUGAAAUUUUGUCUUUUUUUUUUUUUUUUUUUUUAAACAUCUUGGCUGAAACUAUUGAGCUGAAUGCAGGUUCCUUUGCUGGUCUUAGACCUUAUUGGUCAUUGGUUCCUGAAGUCUGAGUGCUGAGGUCCUAUAGGUGGUACAUGGCUCCAUCCCCUUGAGUCGUGUGACACUGUUAUGACCACGCCUGUAAAUCAGUGCUGCUUCAUCUUGGAAGUGUGCAAUCCUGUAUUUCUGACAGGUCCUCAGUGAAUUCUCAUCAGCAUUAGGUUUCCUGUUGGUCCUGAUGGGGCAUUCUUCAGGGCCAUGGAAAAUCGAUAGGGAGUCCCAGAAUCUUUCCAAACCAAGCAAGCCAAAGACAGGUAUUGAAAACACUCAGUAGCUUUGUUGUAAAGUUCUUAAUAGAGCCUUAUUUUGUUUCGUAACAGAAGUCCAAAGUCCAAACGAGCCUUAGCAAAGUAAGCUCCCUUAUGUAGUGCUGGAAAAGCACUGCAAAUUUAUCAUUUGAAAACCUGGGUAUGUUUAAAAAAUUAUCUAAAACUUGGAAAUAAAGCAAAAUGAUUACUGCAGGUCUCUUCAAAGUUGUAGUCAGAGGAUUGUCUAACUGGGCCACCUAAGGGUCACGGUGAUGUUCUAGAGCAGGGGAGUUGGCAAAGUAUCCUGUGGGUAGCAUCAAGCCCAUCACCUGGUUUAUGUAAAUAAUGUCAUGGCAACAUAGCCAUGCGCAUUUAUCAUUUAUUGCCUAUGGCUGCAGUGAUGCCACAACAACGCAGUUGAGGUAGAUGUGACAGGGACCAAAUGGCCUAUAACACCUAAAGUGUUUGUUCUCUGGCCCUAUACAGAAAAAAUUCUCUGACUCCUGCUCCAGAGGAGGUAACUUUGACUUGGUACUUACUACUGGCUCGGACCCAGUCCCUCUAAAGAUAGAUGUUAAAUAACUUAGAGAAGAUUAGUAAGUUGCUAAGGAUAUGUUUGGUAAAAAAAGGUAAAUCCAAGAAUUACAGUUUUCUUGCCUUGUAAGGCAUUAUCCAGUUUUGUAUCUAUCUCUGCAGUCUUACUACAGCAUUCUUUUUUGUUUUGUGCGUGUGUAUGUGUUUGUGUAUCAGUUUCUCAUGUCUUUCUUUGAAAGAACUUUGUCAUUCUGCUGAUCCCCAUGCUAAAUGAGUUAAAUUUUUGACGUGAUCACUGUAUAUUUGUAUGAGUUCUUAAUAAAAGA